AUGCCGCAAGAUGAAAAAAAUUCACAUGGCCAUCUUGAUAGAAAAACAAGUGGUAGCAGUAACACUAGAAAAAUUACCAGGUUUCUUGGUAUUACUGAUAAUAGUAUUGAUGAAGCUAAUAUGUUGGACAAAUCUUCAAAAGCAAUUAAAAUACUUGGAUUAAAUGAUAGUGAAUUAAAUAAAAAAUCUAUAUCAUUGGAUAAAGUAGUGUCUGAAUUUAGAGGUAAUAGUCGUAGCAAUUCUUUAAAUAGUGUCAGUAAUGGCGUUGGCGGAUCGGUUAUAGUGGCGAGUAUUCGUAAACAUGUUGUUCAUAAAGGAUAUUUGUCAAAACACACAAAUACAAAUUUUGUAUUAUCUAAAUCAUGGAAAAAACGAUAUUUCGUUCUAGCAAAAAGUAUUCUUUAUUGUUUCAAAUCAAACGAUGCAACAUCUAACCUAAUAGAUAGUUUUGAAUUGACAUGCGAUACUGUUGUAUGUGUUAGUGAUGUGUUCAGUGGUAAAGCGUGGAUUUUAGAGGUUAGCAAACCAAAUAUAAAGGCUUGGUAUUUACAAGCGGAUAAUGUAAAAGCGUUGAAAUCUUGGUUGACGGAAUUAAAAUCUAUUGUAGUAAAACUUAAAUAUAAUGAUACGGAAUUACCCAGUAACAUUAAUUCAGCCACGUCUAUAAAUCUUAUCAAAAUCAACAGCAAUGACAGUCAUGGUUACAAAAAUAAUAGCGAUACCAAUAAAUCCAAAAACCACAUCAACAUUAUUAAUAAUAUAAGCAAUGGCAGCAAUACUGGCAUUAAUAAAAUUAAUAAUAGUAGCAAUACUACUAGUGUUGUUAAUAGUCCUAUUAAUGAAUCAUACAAUGAAGAAUUAUUUUUCACACCUAAAACUUCUAUUUCAAAUACGUCAUUCGUCCAAAUAGAAAAAGGUGACGACAGUGACAAAGUCAUACCAACAACACCAUUACCGCCGCCACCAAGACACGGUAUGAUUAUAACUCCUUUGUCACCAGCUCCUAGACCAAGGUCUCAAUCAUCGUCAUCAUCUUCACCUACCACAGAUUUAUCACGAAGACGAAGAUCAAAUUCUGCUGAAUCUCUAGAAAUCAAUAUUUUACCAAGUAGAAAGUACAACAACUACUACAACAAUGACCAUAACAAUCAAUCAAUACCAUCACCUAAAGGUUCAAUUGGUAGUCAUCAUUCAGAUUCAGAUAAAAGAAAUAGCACCAGGCAAAGUAAUCCUAUUGUAAUGCCAUCACCUACUCUAUCUGAAAGAUCAAUUAGUCAAGAUGAUAAAUCUAGCAAUACACAAAUUGAUAAUAAGACAUCAAGAAGAUUAUUGAGAUUAUCGUCGUUACCGAAUAGCUAUGAGACAACAACGAUUCAUGAUGAAAUCGUUUCUCUUUUAUCAACAUCAGCAUCUACAUCAUCACUCAAUUCACUGAAAAGAAUAUCAAUUACCGAAGAGGAUCCAUCCCUAACACCAUCAACACCAUUAACGCCAUCAACAUCAUAUAGUAAUUCAACGAGCUUACCACAUCGUCUUCAUUAUAAUCAUCGAUCAAGUUUUGUAGAUUUUCCCAACAAACCAAUUCCCCAAUUACUGCCAGCACGUUCAAAAUCACAACCUCAUUACACCAUAUCUAAAAAAUUUCUACGUCGACAUUUUUCAUUAACCACUGUGGACAUAAAAUCUUUACCGCCGCCUACACGUCCUCCAAAUAAUGAGUCAAUAGCGGAAAUUCAAUCACAGCCACCACCAUCAUCGAUAUCAAAAUCAACACCCAAAGAAACAAAUAAUGAUUCAUUAAUUGAUUCAAAAGAAAAAUUUGCAACUAAUUACACUGAUGAAGAUAAUAUUGAUCCAUAUUACGCAAAAGAGUUGUCAGCUUCAUUGAAUAAUAAUAAAAUAGAGAAAAUAGUAGAAAAUGAAGAAAAUGAAGUUGAAAAGGUUUCUAGUUCAGAAACUCCUUAUGAUGAUAAUCAAAAAGAUGAUAUUAUAGAGGAAGAUAUUACUAAAUUGCCAGCGUCUGAAUUAACCUUUGUGGUUGUUGAGGAAACAAAUGGUGAUGGUGAAAUAAUAUUAAAUCUUCAGGAUGUAAAUGAGAUAAAUAGUAACAAUAAUGAUGACAAUGAGGAUAGUAGCGGAUCAGUCAAAAGAGUUAUUAAAGAUGAUUUUGAUGUCAUUUCAGGAAAAGCUAAUCACAAUAAUAAUCUUCUCGUUACAUGA